UCGAGUUGAGGCUUCAGACUUGGAGCUGAAAGUGUGUACAUGAGAUGGCCUUUUACAGCGGCCAUUGUGGCCGACUUUUCUCAACUAAAACCCUUCUUCCUCUGCGCACAGUGAGAGUGUCGUCUAGAGACCAGGCGUGUAAACAUUGUUCCGGGGCGAGUCGAGGAGAAUAUCGGGCAGAACAGGAAUUAACUACAGCAGGCGGUCAGAGGCGGGUUUUAAAGGACGUCUUACCUUUCUCAGAAUUCCUCACGGACUCGUUUGGAAGAAGACACAAUUAUCUGCGGAUUUCCCUUACAGAAAAAUGCAACCUCCGCUGUCAGUACUGUAUGCCAGAGGAAGGGGUGAAGCUGAGUCCCAAAGAACAGCUCUUAUCUACAGAUGAGGUGCUGACUCUGGCUCGACUGUUUGUUCGAGAGGGGGUGGAGAAGAUCCGACUGACUGGAGGAGAACCCCUUAUCCGCCCUGACGUCCUCCAUAUAAUUGCGGAAUUGAGGAAAACGGAGGGUCUGAAGACCAUCGCUGUAACUACUAAUGGCAUGAACCUUGCCAGGCUGCUGCCCAGUUUAAAGAAAGCUGGAGUGAACUUGCUCAACGUCAGUCUAGACUCAUUAGUGCCAGCCAAGUUCGAGUUCAUCGUUAGACGCAAAGGUUUCCAUAAGGUGAUGGAAGGUAUCGAUAAAGCCAUUGAAUUGGGUUACAAUCCAGUUAAGGUGAACUGCGUGGUGAUGAGGGGUCUGAAUGAAGACGAGCUGCUGGACUUUGUGACUCUGACCGAGAAGAAGCCUCUAGAUGUGCGCUUCAUAGAGUACAUGCCCUUUGAUGGCAAUAAGUGGAACUUCAGGAAGAUGGUGAGUUAUGCCGAGAUGCUGGACCGCAUUAAGCAGCAAUGGCCCAGUCUGGAGCCGCUUCCUGGGGAUGAGACGGGGACCGCCAAGGCUUUCAGAGUACCAGGAUUUCAGGGCCAGCUGGGUUUCAUCACCUCCAUGUCGGAUCAUUUCUGUGGCUCCUGCAACCGUCUGCGCAUCACAGCUGAUGGCAACCUGAAGGUGUGUUUGUUCGGAAACUCCGAGGUAUCUUUGAGAGACUGUCUGCGCUCUGGAGCAUCCGAUGAGGAACUCCUGCAGAUAAUAGGAGCUGCAGUGGGGCGGAAGAAGAAACAGCACGCUGGCAUGUUCAGUAUAUCCCAGAUGAAGAACAGGCCAAUGAUCCUCAUUGCUGGAGAAGGCAGCCGGCCUGUGCCCAUUUUGAGAAGUGAGCAGAGGAGGUAUCCGGUCCCUACUUUCCACACACCUCUGCCAGGACGAGCAUCGGCGCACUUUGUGAACCCUUACCACCUACACCACAGUGGCCAGGCUAGCGAGGACUUAAGGAACAGCACUUUUACCAUGAACGCACCAGCUCCUAUGAACUCCGGCGUCUCUCGUCAACGUCAAAAUGUUUACCAUGUCCACCAGGGAAGGAGGCAGGUUUUCCCUGAGGAACUUUGUAGUAACGCAAUUCCUGCUUUCGAGUAUGCUUCCAGUUCUGAAACACGCACAGAUAGGUUUGCACGGCUGAGACACGCACACAGACUUGUUGGCUAUCUCAGGCACAACUCGUCGAGGGGCAUCCAGUCUUUCUCCACAUCUCUUCUUAGCACUUUAAUCCCCAAAAAGAAACACAUAAUGCGGCAGAAUGUAAGGGAGUGUCACAACCAAAAGGAUGCAUGCGAAGGCCUUAGUGUAUCCCGUCACACCCCAAACCAAAACGAAACCCCUGAGCAGCUGACCCACACUGACACGCACGGCAGAGCCUCGAUGGUGAACGUCGGAGAUAAAGCAGCGACACGUCGUACCGCCACAGCAAGCGCCCGCGUUCUUCUAGGCUCCAAAGCUUUCAGCCUGGUCCGUGCCAACCAGAUAGCUAAGGGCGAUGCCUUGGCGGUCGCACAGCUAGCGGGCAUCAUGGGCGCUAAGCAAACAUCUGGUCUCAUUCCUCUUUGCCACCCUGUAUCCCUCGACCACACCUCCAUCACUGUGGAGCUACUGGAAGAAGGGCAUGUGGCUGUUGUCUUGGCAACAUGCCAGGCAACAGGCCGCACCGGAGUGGAAAUGGAGGCUCUGACCGCGGCGUCAGUCGCCGCCCUGGCGCUCUACGACAUGUGCAAGGCAGUCAGUCGUGAUCUAAUUAUAACCGACAUCAGACUUUUGAGUAAGACAGGAGGACAGCGGGGUGACUUUCAUCGCACCAGCUAAUACUAAACCACUUACAGUUCAACUAUAAGUAUGUAAUGUAGCUAUAUCAAACUGACGUAUUCACCCAUAACAAAGCUCUUACGAAUCGUUAUUGUGCCUUUAGAAUUCUUUAAUAUCACUUUGGAGUGUUCACUGCCUUUGUAGCAGAAAAACAAAGCUAUUUCCUGACUCCAUUUUGUCUGUAUUUUUUGAGAGUUUAACACGUGAAUGAUGUUUACGAAGUCUCGAGUGUUCAUGCGAUAUCGUGCUACUUUUCGAAAGGGCAUUCAGUGUUGUAUUAGAAUUGUCGUAUGAGCAGAAAGUUCAUGGUGAUCUAAUCAUUAUGAACGUGUUAAUGACGCGUGGACUCAAGGAUCCAAUCACUGUCCUGAUCUAGUGCUCGGUCAUCUGCUUAUCAAUCAAAUACAGAGCAGCUUAUAAAGCUACUGUUGUUUUACUCUGUAGAGAAAUAUUGUACCUUGCUGCAAACAAUGCUUUCCACCUCAUCUCAUCUCAUGUAGAUGUUGAUUAAGGUGGAGAUUCAGGCACUGUGAGUUCUUGUAAUGUUCCUGGACCUGGGCAGCACCAGAGUUCGGGUACACUGUGCCAUUCAGAUGGACUUCACGGGGUAACAGGGGGUCUCGACGUGUGUGUUGAUUUAUUCCCCCCCCCAUCACACUUCCACCAUGGAUAUGUGCUGAAACCAAACGUUUUGAUGAUGGCUCCAAGUUAUCAUCCUUCCAUCAACCCGAUACAAAAAGGAACCAUUUUCCAUGCUCUUGUAUCUACUAGAGUUCUUGUUCUUCAGUGAUCACGUUUGGACUUCAUCUGUCCUGAAGCUGAUUAUUGGACAUUAUAGGACGUAGAGUCUAAUAGUAUCUCAUGUUGCCAAUUCCUACUCCGUUGAACUGACCGAUGAUAGAAAUGUGGGUUUGCCUGAUUUAUAGCAACCACGGCUCCUCCAUCAUCCUCAUGUUCAUAUUUCCACUUUCUGAUGAGUUUGAUGACAAUGACCCAUUUCCUUAAAGACCGCUUUGAAUCCAUGGAUGAACACAGUGGGUAGGAAACCAAAGAAAGUUAGUUGUAUAUAAAAUAAAUAAAUAAAUAAGCAUUAUUUCUUAAUAUUCCUGUAACAAUAUACAGUCCCUUUCAAAACUAUUGGAACAGCAAGGCCAAUCCAUUUAUUUUUGAGAUCAAAAAGAUGGAUAUGAGAUGAGGGUUCAGGAUUUCAGCUUUUAUUUCCUGGUAUUUACAUCUAGAUGUGUUAAACAACAUAAAACACUGAUACAAAAAGUUUCUGACAAACCACGUUUUAGGUGAAUAAAAGUACAUUAGAAACAUAAGUCUUAGAGUAAAUGAAAGUAAAGAAUACUUAAUAUUUGGUUGAAGCAUAGCCCUUGCUUGCAAUAACUUCAAGCCUGUGACUCAUUGACCACAAAAUAGUUGGUUUCUUCUUCUUUUGUGAUGCUUUUCCAGGCUUUUAAACGCAGCCUGUUUCAGUUGGUGUGUGUUUGUUUCAGGGGGUUUUCUCCCUUCAGUCUCUUCUUCAGGAGGUGAAAGAUUCUUGGCAUCUUUUAAUCUCAAACCCAAAUGUCUUCAGCCUACAGCAAAAACAAAACGAGCUGUCCUUGCCGUUCCAAUCGUCUCGGAAGGGACCGUACACGAGUUCGCAUUCGUGCGGUGGCUUAGGAAAAACUUUCACACUGAAAUGUUGACGUUUUCUAAUAUACAAGACUAAAGACUUUUCUGAAUCGAAAUCUGUUUCUCUUUUGCAUGUCUUAACUACACGUAAAGUUCUAGCACUUAAGUCUCAUCAGGGAGAAAAUUGCAUUUAAAAGCUUCUAGGCACAUGGCUAUCCAGAAACGUGAUCAAAUCGUGACAUUGUGAGGAAAUCCCACUUUGCUAGCAAGAUUUAGACACGUUUAAGCAAACUGACUGUUUUUAACCACUACAUUUGUUAAACUGGCUCUUUAAACAACAUUACUUGUGCAAUAAUGUAGCUAAGGUAAGAUUAAGAAGUAAAUCCGUUACCCUUACCCAAAUCAAGUCUUUAAAUAAUCAUUAAAAAAAAAAAAAAAAGGUGUCUACUGGAUUUUUUCUGUUAACAUAAGAAUAAUAAAACGUUAAUGAACUACU